AUGCUACUACUCCAGGCAUUGCUUAUUGCUUCGUCUGCUCUUGCUUACCCGAACCAAAUACAUCCGACAUGGACCUCGUUAGCAAACAUUACGAUUGCUCCACGACAAGAACACACAACAGUCUUCCUACCCCCUUCUACUCUGGCCAUCCUUGGAGGCAUAGCUAGCAUCGAGUUCCCUCCACCCACAAGCAAUCUCAUGCAGUUCUACUCCAUACCCGAAAACACGUGGACAGUCAAAGCCCCCCUUCCAGUCCCAUUGAACCAUGUCAACGUCGCCGUCAGCUGUGGUAAAAUCUACGUACUCGGUGGGCUAGUUGAAUCCGAAGGAGAAACUCCUCCAGCCUGGCGCGCAAGUCCCGAAUCAUGGGUAUACGAUCCACGAACAGAUCAGUGGACAAGCAUCGCGCCAUUGCCUGCCGAUGAAGCAAGAGGUAGCGCCGCGGUAGGGGUUCAUGGCAAUAAGAUCUACCUGGCCGGAGGAAUGAAGGCUUUGAUUCUCGGUCAAGAUGGCUUGCAGGAUACGGUUUCUGUCGUCUCUAUCUACGAUACUACUCUUGACGAAUGGAUUACGGUGCCUAAUGCCGCAAAGAAUAUUCCAGAGGGACGAGACCAUUCAGGCGCAGCUGUGGUGAAGGAUGUAUUUUACAUCCUUGGUGGAAGAGACCACGGUCAGUUCAACGUCAAAGAUACGGUUUUCGCUCUUGACUUGAACAAUGUUCAGAGAGGAUGGGUGACAAAACCCGGGAGGAUGCCGACACCUCGUGGCGGUCUUGCAGCUGGAACGAUAGGCAGGAAAGUGUACACUUUUGGCGGUGAAGGAAACUCAGAAGUUGAGUCUGGUGUGUUCAACAAUACUGAAGUGUAUGAUACGUCUGAUGGUUCAUGGAAAAAGCUUCCGCCCAUGAAGGUAGCACGACACGGAACCUCUGCUGUCGGAGUGGGAAAUCGCGUGUACAUUCCAGGCGGUGGCAUACGCAUAGGUGGUUCUCCUGUCGCUAUCUUGGAUGCUUUUUUGCCUUGA